AUGCUCCUACUCCUGGCUAUAGCCCUGAAGGUCUGAAAAGCUCAUCGUCUCUUGGAUCUGAACUCCAAUCGAAUAGAAUCCAAUUAUCUUAAUGUCAAAACUUGCAGGUGGACGCUCAGACGUGUUGUCCGACGAAUGGUAUUUGGGCGGAAUGGACGCUGGACCGUUCCAAAUGCGUCGACAACUGCGGCGGCUGCGGAACCUUGACGAAGACCCGUGUCUGCGCCUCCGAGCCUGCGUGUCCUUGCACAGGUCCCAAGACGUCCGUCGGCUACUGCGACACUGCGCCGUGCAUGUUCCCGCGGAACACCACCUGCUGUCCGGGACUUCAGCUCGGCGUCUACAAUUCGGUCUUCGCUUGUGGCCCGCCAGUCAGUUAACACAGUUUUAGAUGUCCAACUUUUUUUUUACAUCGAUCAACAAAUUAUUCGGAAAAGGUUUUGAGAAUUCAUUUCAGUUCAUUUUGACCAAGUGAGGGAGAUAUGAGUAGCUCUCCACUUUUCGACAAAAAAAAAAAGAGUUUUUCACUUGAGAGUUAUAAUUUUAAAGAAAUCAUCAUCGUGUCAGUUCAAAACAGCGGAAGGAUCAGUGAAAAAAGAAAUGAAAUUUACUUAAAAAAACGGUUUUGUUAAAAUUUUUAGGAGAAACAGAACAAAAAUUUCUUCUUUCUCUUAUUCAAAUUCACAGCAAUAAGAAAAAACUUCAAAUUUUGGCUAGCUUUCUCCUCUGAUUGCUAAGCUUUCCAGAUGGCGACUGACGUGCCAGAAGUUCCACGAACCACGUGCAAAACCACGACAUGUGCUUCCAAAGGAAUCUGGUCCGAGUGGAGGUCUUCAGGCUCCUGCUCAGCAACAUGCGGCUCCUGCGGAACUGUCUCCCGGACUAGAACUUGUCUGAGCGAUCCCAAUGGCUGCCCUUGCACGUCAGUUCGCGCUUCAUGACCCAGGAAUCUGUAUUUGUUCAGCGGAGAGACGUCUUCAACGGUUCCAUGUGGCGCUGCUCCAUGCGCCGCUGGACAGACAUGUUGCGAUGGUUUCGUUCCGGCGCCGAAUCCGGCUUCUGGAGUUCUGGAAUGUGUCUCUCUGACUCCGAUUCCGGACCCUGUCUUUGAAACGAUUCCUGCGACUGCCUGCGAACCACGUUCGAGAAGCGUUUUUGGAUUCAAACUAUUACUUCCUUCAGUUGGAAACGGGCUUUGGAAUCCGUGGUCGAAGUGGUCGACUUGCUCGGCGACGUGUGGGAUGCUGGGAACUCGAAUUAAAACUAGAACUUGCGCAAGUCUGCCCUAUGGAUGUCCAUGCAUGUUUGUUAUCUUAUCAAUUAAUUUGGGCUGAAAAAAAGAAUGAAAAAAAGAAUGAGAACCUUCAGUUGAAAAUAUUUCCUUUCAAAAAUAUUUGUUUUUUUAAAUAUUAUUUCUUCCCAAUAAAAAAAUGGGACAAAAUUACUGCAUUUUUCAAAAGUCUUAGAGUGAAAAUCAUGUCUCCAAACCGAAAAUAAUUUUUUUUAGUGGAUCUCCUUUCGUGGUUGAGCCUUGCGGCAACGUCGCGUGCUCCGGCGCGACGCCUUGCUCGCCGCAAUCUUUCCUAACGACGUCGUUUGAUGGAGCCGUCAUUUGCGUCCUUCAAGCUGUAAGGAAACAGACAAACGAAGCGAAAAUCAUUUGACCAGGUGCCGGUCGUUGCCGGUCAAUGGACUGACUGGAUGCCCUUGGCCGGGUUCUCCUGCAAUGAUACUUGCGGCGGGUGUGGAAGAGUGAGAGGCUUCCGAUACUGUGACCCGCCUGGCUCGACCUGCAGGCAAGUAGCUUCUCCGUCUCGGCUUCUAGAAGUCUGUCUUGCAGUGGUUCAUACUUCUCUGACAGUGCUCCUUGCGGCAGCGGCGUCUGCUCUUUCCCACGGACCUCUUGCUGCGGCACCUGGAUCAAGAGAUUCAACUCUGUCAGCAGGACGUUCUUCUGCGGAGAUCCGACGAUUCCUCUUCCGACUCUUCCGCCGACGCCUACCUUGCCAACAGUAACUAUACCUGGUUAGUCUCUUGAAAAUGUCCCCAUCCCACAAGUAACACUUGCUGGCAUCACUGUACCGACCAUAUCUGAUGUCUCCCUACCUACCAUAACCCUACCUGGAGUGACGCUCCCUACACUUCCCACUGGCGACAUUACCCUUCCAACUCUUCCAACUAUCUCCUUACCAACAGUCACUCUCCCAGGUUGGACUCCUUAUAACAUCUUUAGCUCCCUUCAAUGAGCCACUAAGGAAUUAUGUCAAGGGUAAGGCUCCUUCUUACUUUCGGAAACCACCAUGCACCAGAAAAACCCCAAAUUAACCCUGACCACUUAAAAAAUGACCACAGGCAAAAUGGCUAGAUGCAUAACGUCUGCGAAACGGUUGAUUUUUUUUUGCCAAAGUUCGAAAAAAGAGAGUAAAUGUACAAAAUUUUAAGAAGAGAAUCAUGUACCUAACAAUAAAAGUCUGAAGAACUGACUACACGGCAGAGUCUACUCAUUAGAUUGAACUCCCGUUGCUGGUUAUUCUACUGCAUAUUUCUCUUGUGACUUGGGUUUAUACAGCUACUCACCUUCAUACUCUAUGAAGUUGAUAAAACGAUUAUUAUUAUUAAGAUUGACGAAUAUUUUUUUCAGCCGGAUGCUGA